GCGGAUGGACCUACUUCCCGGACAACUGGGAGCCAGUGGGCUGCAGGCUUCCGGUAGCGGCCAUUCUGGGCCUUCGCCGAGUCUGUGUCCUCCGGGCUACAAUCGAUGCACCUUGGUCACCUCAUUCUGGUGCCAUCUACGGAUUACGCGACUGCGCAGAUCUAGGUGGCUGCCUGGAGGUUGGCCGAGAUCGAGUAGGAAUGGAUUUGGGCUUCAUCAAGGAAGUCCCCAGCGCAGCAGCCUGCCGUUUGCAAUGCCACGGGACACAGGAGUGCAAGGCCUUUAGCUAUUUUCCAGAUGGAUACUUGGGAGAUGCGAGUGCGGGCUGUGUUCUGCCUGCUGCGGUUUUCACGUGGUGGAAAACCCGCUGCCUCCUGAAGAUGCACAAGACCAAGCCAGGGGGUGGAGAACAGUGGCUCCCAAUGGGUAAU